CGCGAACUAUAUGACGACAAAACGUCGAGCCGUACUUUGUCGAAAACAAGAUGGCCGCUUUUAGACUGCUUCAAAAAAUUGGUCGAAAAAAUCUGAUUUCUUCCUCUAUUCGACCUUUAUUUACUCAAGGUAGAUUGGGUGAGUAUCUUUCUGUAAUUCGUUAUUAAUAUUAAAACAAAAUGAACUUUCAAUGUGUUUUUGUAGGUGUAUUUGUUUGCAUUUUUUUGUAAUGAAUUUUGGUGUAAAUUUUUUAUAUUUGUGUCGAGUCGCUGUGGUUUUCUGCCUGGAUGUGUUUCAUGUAUAACAGCCAGUUCGAGUUGGGCGUCUGUUAUUGCUGCCUGGCAUUUUCCUUUUGUUUUUUUUUUUUGCAGCUUGAUUUUUGCAGUUUUACUCAUUCUAAUAGUCUCUUUCUAGCUGCACAGUGUUGGAUUUCGUUUUUCUUGCCUUGAUCAAAAUUUAGUCUAUAGGGGGCAGUCAACAAAUAGAUUUUGUCCGCCAAUUGCGGACUUGUUCAGCAACUGAUUCGACCCCUCCCCCAUCUCGGACCAAUCCAACGAUUUUUUAGCCAGAAAAGUAACCUCCCCCCAUUGUGGAAAAAGUCUGUGAUCGGUGGACAGAAUCUAUUUGUUGACGGCCCCUAGCUGGAAUUGCCCAUUGCGACUCAACUUGUAUAAACAUUGCUGAUUUGCUUUUUGAAUUUAUAGCAUCCAGUCAGGCAGAGAAAUCAGAGUGGCCUGAUGAUGGUCUGGGUCUCGGUAGUUAUCCCAAUCUACCGGACAUCUCGGCACAGACGAAGGCGCCCCAUGGCUGGUGGGAUAUACAAGAACGUAGAAAUUUUGGUGACACAGUAAGGAUAUGACCCUCGUUAGAAUGCUUCCUAAGGCCACAUAAAAAAAAUAGUUGGUUAGCGUCCUUGCCCGCCCACAAAAAAGGCCCCGCUCAGGGUGUUUUUUUUUAAUUUAAACAAACACCCAACUUUUAUUGAUCAACAGGCUCUAAUAUAUGUGUAUUUCUGUUGACUGUAGUCAAUUGUGUUAAUACGUUGCGAAAUUGCGUGCGAAAAUGACGGUAUGAAUCAUAUUUUGAAAUAUAUAAAAAAAUAUCUGUACUGCGCAAGAAAAUCCAGCUUCGGACCUAAAACCAAGGCGUUAAAAAUUAGUAAAAUUUUAAAAAAAGCGCCCACCCACCCACUUUUUGGCAAAAGCUAAGGACGCUAACCAACUCUUUUUUUAUGUGGCCUAAUAUUCAGCAAAUUUAUCCCAUCACUAACAAAUUCCAUGACUUAUGUACACUAUAUGUACCUAUUUUUAUUGUUUUUAGCUUCACGAAUCAGAUGACGCCCUAAACGUUUGGAUGUACGAUGCUCCAGAGAAAAGUUUAUAUCCACCGUAAGAUAAAUCAUCCAAUAUUUCUGAAGACAUUCAGACAUUUGUUAGGUCAUAGCAGUGGCAUAACCAGCCCAACAAUUUGGACCCGCUAUGCAAAUUUCAACUCAUUAUCUUUAUUCAUUUCUUUAAAAAUUGAUUGUAUUGACAGUUUAGGCCAAAAAAAAUAUAUGUGGGUUUCCGGUUUCUUCUUAUAAAAACUUAUGUAAGGUAAGUCGGUUUUAACUUCAUUUUUUUAAACUUUUUUUUAAAUUUUCCUAACAACCGGAUGCCAUUUUGUUUAGUGCUUCCAUAUCCAAAGAUAAAUGUCCCUAAUAUUGCCUCAAAUUUCAAUUUUCCACAAACUUUUUCCUCUAAGUGGAAACUCUUACAAGCAUGAUCCAAUAAAAAAGUUCAGGGUCGGGAUUUUGACGUCCAAAAGCUAGGUAGGGUCGGGAAACCGGAAACCCACAUAUUUUUUUUGCCUUAUAAACCAGCAGGACUGAAUAGUCGGGCUGGCUACGUCACUGGGUCUUAGCCUAUUAAAGGCUGUGAAACUUAUUAAAAUAACCAUAUAACUCAUUAUCUAUGUUGGUCAACUUGUAUUCAUUUAUCUGGUUCUUCGCCGUCACAUGCAUAUUAUAUUUUUGCCCAACUAACCAAUAGCGGGGAUGGAUCCAGCAUGAUCUGGUAGGUGGGGGGGGAUGCUCUGCCAGCUCUGGUGCCGAGUCGUGUCGGUCAUGUGUGCCGCCCGCCCAUCAACUUGCUUCACUACUGCAAAGUCUUGCUUGAUUACUGUAUGUUGUUCACAGUUCGCUUAUCAUCAUGUUAUUACUCAAAUUACUGUAUCUCAUUUUGUCUCUAAUAAUUUUUUGCUUUAUCAUGAAAAAUAGCACCCCUCCCCUGCACCCCCUCUGGCCAGGGUUAGGGGGGGUGCACCCACUAGCACCCUCCCCCCCAGUAAAUCCAUUUCUGACCAAUAGCAAUGUGUUAGGAAAGUUACAUUGGAAAUGCUAUUGCUGCCGGGAUUUGGCAAAAAUACAAUAUGCACGUGAUGGUGAAGGACCAGAUUUAUGAAUAAACGUUGACUAACAUAGAUAAUGCAGGCCUCGAAUUUGAGAUUAGAAUGUUACUAAGUUUUCCAGGGCAUCAAGGCCAGUAGUACACAGGGCAUCAACAUUCAAGGUCAGUUUGAAAAUUUUAUUCAGUUGCUAUUUUGAAGUUUCAAAUAACGUUUGAGUUUCCAUGAGACAAGAAAAACAUACAGAACAGCAACAAUAUUAAAAAAAUGCCAAACAAAACUAUGGAUAUUUUAUUGUCGAUUUCGUAUUGCGUUUCAAAGCGCGGUUCCCAAGUUUGUUGUCAACUUGCCAAUUACGUUUCCAAAUUCGGAAGUUGGGCGGGAACUUCGCAACGAAGUUCGCAAGUUCAUUUCAAAGUUCGAACUUCGAUUGCAAACAAAUGUAAAAAUUUCAUUUAUAAAUUUAUUUCAAAAGGCAUUUUUCGUCUUGGGAGACCACUGGACAAUAUUUUACUGCAGUAACAUGUGCAUAGGGCCUUAUACAGUAAUUUCAACUCCAACUAUGCACAGUUGUUUACAAUCAAAAUUCGAACUUUGAAAUGAACUUGCGAACUUCGUUGCGAAGUUCACGCCCAACUUCCGAACUUGACAACGUAAUUGGCAAGUUCGCAACGAACUUGGGAACAGAGUGUCGUACCAGAAAUCGACAAUAAUACAUGAUUCAACAGACAGACUGAUGGAAAGGUGCAUUUAAAUACUAUUUUAAAUUUAUUGCCAAUUUUACAAAUCAUAGUCUUGGUAUUCUAAAGCCUAAGUACUGUACUCUGUGGUUUAGGGCAGGCCACUACUGGCUGUGGAUUUCAGUAUAUUUCGAGGGCAUAGCGGCCAACAAGCAGGGCAUCGACGGCCAGUCGCUAAUUUCGAGGCCUGUUAAUGAGUUAUAUUGUUAUUCUAAUGAGUUUCACAGCCAUCUUCCUUUCGAUAGGCUAUGUUUGAUACAAGAGCGAGAAAAUUUAAAUACAAGUCUGCUACAUACAAUGAAAAGAAUGAACAUUAUUUUCUCGCUUUUAUAUCUGCGAUAACUAAAAUCCACCCACCACAUCGCUUUCUUUUGUUUAGACACGAAGCGCUCCGUCAUCUGUUGACGAUGUUUGCGUUGGUUGGCGGUUUUAUGUAUAUUGGCUAUCUUUACGGCAAGACAGACAGCGGGAAUAGAAAUAAAUAUGUGAGUGUCGUGUGUCCUACCUUAUUAACUCUAUCUAAUGCCACACAAUCAGGGGCUGGUGUCUAAUAUCCCCCUAGAGAAAUCCAGUACCACCCUGAAUAAUCUGCUUGGCCAUACAUUUUCUUCUUUUUGAACAGCGAUUAGCAGAACUUCUACUGUUAGCGCGUGUCGAUUUCUCAAAACGAUUUAAAUGAUUUGUGAGCUCACGAGAAAAUACUCAGAAUGCUUUAGUUGAAUAUCAUGGUUAAAUAUGUAAACAUGUCGAGGUUGUUAUACAGCCAUAUUUUCAAAUAUACUGUACUUUAACAAGCAAAUUUACUGUACUGUGCUGCAGCAACUGUGCAGUCACGCAUACGUGAUAAAAAGGCAAUAUAAACUUUAUAAAUAAAAGAUAAUGUAAAACGUAACAGAACGGCGAACAUGCAGAUUCGGCCAUCUCAAAUAAUGGUAAUGUUGGGAUAGUAGCGUUGCAGACUGCAGAGGAGAGUGGGCAGUAAGGCUCCCUCAUGCACCACCCCAUGGAAAACCUGCACCCCUCCUUGCAGAUGAAGCUAGAUCUGCCCCUGGACUCUAUCAAGCCUGUUUAGUUUGAAAAGAGUACUAGACAUUGUCUUUCUUUGUUUUUUAGACACCGAAACAGUUCCCUUAUAAUGAUAAUCAUCAUAUCUAUAAGGAUGGCGACCCCACACAAAGACUUAAAAUAAACUAAAUGUUAAAAGAUUAUUUUGUAAUGUAAAUAUAUAUUUGUCAUUUGGUCAGAAACUUUAGUAUAUGUUGUGAAAUUUUGUUAAUUAAAUAAAAUUUAACACUUGAUUUUGUGGUGUUUUGAAUCUGAUGUCUUCUCCAGUGAACCAGUAUUAGAGCUUGUCCCAUCGGCUCAUUUUCGAUUAAUUAACAAUUAUUGAAUGAGGUUGAGCACAAUAUGAAGAAUUAUCAAGCCCGAAGUUUGCCGUUAUGAACCGAAGCCGAAGGCUGAGGUUGAUAACGGCAAACUGAGGGCUUGAUAAUUCUUCAUAUUGUGCGAAAACCGAAUUCAAUAAUUGUUUUAUUAUUUAUUUAAAAAAUUCAAAACAAACAUUUGUAUUUUAUAUGUAUUAAGAAGAAAACAAUUCCUUAGUCCUUCGGCAACCGUUGUUGCGUCAUAUCAAUGGCGUCAGCGAGUCAAUAUGAUUCUCGUCGUCAUAGUAAUAUGGCGCAAACGCGUCCAAAUUUUUUUUCAUAUUGACUCUUUGACGUCAUUUUGCUAAUAUGAAUGCGAAAAAUCCGUAUUUGGUUAGCCAUUGAGUUGACAUGACAAUUUCACAGCUGGCUGUUAGCCAAUCAGAAACCAGGAAUUUUUUAAAUAAAUAAUCAUUGUCUCCCAACAAUCGAGUCAGUAUUUACGUUUGAAAUUAUUGUUUACUGAAGGUUAUAAUACGUAAAAUAUAUCUUGGAGCAAGUCUGCCAACAAGUUGUGUUCGCACUGCUUGUCCCAAGUUGUCAACAAGUCCGAUACAGUCAUGAUAUAACAAUAUUGUCACAAACUUGUGUCGUCAACCUUGUAACAUUCUUGUUAUAUCAUGACUGUAUCAGACUUGUUAGAACAACCUUGUAACAUUCUUGUUAUAUCAUGACUGUAUCAGACUUGUUAGAACAACCUUGUAACAUUCUUGUUAUAUCAUGACUGUAUCAGACUUGUUAGGACAACCUUGUAACAUUCUUGUUAUAUCAUGACUGUAUCAGACUUCUUAGAACAACCUUGUAACAUUCUUGUUAUAUCAUGACGGUAUCAGACUUGUUAAAACAACCUUGUAACAUUCUUGUUAUAUCAUGACUGUAUCAGACUUGUUAAAACAACCUUGUAACAUUCUUGUUAUAUCAUGUCUGUAUCAGACUUGUUAGAACAACCUUGGAACAUUCUUGUUAUAUCAUGACUGUAUCAGACUUGUUAGAACAACCUUGUAAUAUUCUUGUUAUAUCAUGACUGUAUCAGACUUGUUAGAACAACCUUGUAAUAUUCUUGUUAUAUCAUGAUUGUAUCAGACUUGUUAGAACAACCUUGUAACAUUCUUGUUAUAUCAUGACUGUAUCAGACUUGUUAGAACAACCUUGUAACAUUCUUGUUAUAUCAUGACUGUAUCAAACUUGUUAGAACAACCUUGUAACAUUCUUGUUAUAUCAUGACUGUAUCAGACUUGUUAGAACAACCUUGUAACAUUCUUGUUAUGUCAUGACUGUAUCAGACUUGUUAGAACAACCUUGUAACAUUCUUGCUAUAUCAUGACUGUAUCAGACUUGUUAGAACAACCUUGUAACAUUCUUGUUAUAUCAUGACUGUAUCAAACUUGUUAGAACAACCUUGUAACAUUCUUGUUAUAUCAUGACGGUAUCAGACUUGUUAAAACAACCUUGUAACAUUCUUGUUAUAUCAUGACUGUAUCAGACUUGUUAGAACAACCUUGUAACAGUCUUGUUAUAUCAUGACUGUAUCAGACUUGUUAGAACAACCUUGUAAUAUUCUUGUUAUAUCAUGAUUGCAUCAGACUUGUUAGAACAACCUUGUAAUAUUCUUGUUAUAUCAUGACUGUAUCAGACUUGUUAGAACAACCUUGUAACAUUCUUGUUAUAUCAUGACUGUAUCAGACUUGUUAGAACAACCUUGUAAUAUUGUUGUUAUAUCAUGAUUGUAUCAGACUUGUUAGAACAACCUUGUAAUAUUCUUGUUAUAUCAUGACUGUAUCACAAGUUCUGACAGCGUAUCUAGUGAAAUAGUGGCUACAUGAUAUGAUAUAACUAAUGGACGGGUAUUCUGCAAUUUAGCCCCAAGGGGCUCCAAGGGAAACGAAUAGCUACCACGUUUUAAAAUUGUCAAUAAAAUACAAUUCUCCGAUGAAGGUGUUCGAAGCGCCGCGUCGAACGUUGAUGAGAUGGUCUGUGACUGGGCGACUGCUCUCAAAUCCCGUUGCCUCUACUUGACCCCUGCAAAGACCCCGUCUUAAUAUUGUAAGUAUUUGAUUAUUGACAGAUACCUUGAGCAAAAACAUCAGCUAGUUCAAAGUUAAUUUAUAGCUUCCGUUUGAUCCGGCAAUCACAACGCGAGCGGCGCCUUUUUGAUCCAAGAAUUUGCACCAUCAUUUUCGAGUAAAAGUCUUAUAGUAAAAGUCGUCUGACGUGAUAAUCAUGUGGGCGAAUAAAUUCAUUCUUGUUAUAUCAUGACUGUGUCAGACUUGUUUAUAGAACAACCUUGUCACAUUCUUGGGCCAUUAGAACAACCUUGUAAAAUUCUUGUUAUAUCAUGACUGUAUCAGACUUGUUAGAACAACCUAAUUGUAACAUUCUUGUUAUAUCAUGACUGUAUCAGACUUGUUAGAACAACCUUGUAACAUUCUUGUUAUAUCAUGACUAUAUCAGACUUGUUAGAACAACCUUGGAACAUUCUUGUUAUAUCAUGACUGUAUCAGACUUGUUAGAACAACCUUGUCACAUUCUUGUUAUAUCAUGACUGUAUCAGACUUGUUAGAACAACCUUGUAACAUUCUUGUUAUAUCAUGACUGUAUCAGACUUGUUAGAACAACCUUGUAACAUUCUUGUUAUAUCAUGACUGUAUCAAACUUGUUGGAACAACCUUGUAACAUUCUUGUUAUAUCAUGACUGUAUCAGACUUGUUAGAACAACCUUGUAACAUUCUUGCUAUAUCAUGACUGUAUCAGACUUGUUAGAACAACCUUGUAACAUUCUUGUUAUAUCAUGACUGUAUCAAACUUGUUAGAACAACCUUGUAACAUUCUUGUUAUAUCAUGACUGUAUCAGACUUGUUAGAACAACCUUGUAAUAUUCUUGUUAUAUCAUGAUUGUAUCAGACUUGUUAGAACAACCUUGUAACAUUCUUGUUAUAUCAUGACUGUAUCAGACUUGUUAGAACAACCUUGUAACAUUCUUGUUAUAUCAUGACUGUAUCAAACUUGUUAGAACAACCCCCCCCCCCCCCCCCCGCCAUAAAUAAUGACCGCUCCUUAAUGCGCAUGCCUAGUUACCACUGUUCAGAUAAUGUAAGCAUAGAAUGAAACUAAGGUAAGCAUUUCAAUUAUAUAUGUGAGUGAAUUGGGACUCAACUUGCAUAAACAUUGCUGAUUUGCUUUUUGACUUUAUAGCAUCCAGUCAGUCAGAGAGAUCAGAGUGGCCUGAUGAUGGCCUGGGACUUGAUAGUUAUGCCAACCUAUCGGACGUCUCGGCGCAGACGAAGGCGCCCAAUGGCUCUUGGGAUACACAAGAACGAAGAAAUUUUGGUGAUACGGUAAGGUGAUACGGUAAUUAAAACACUUCCUAAUGUUUAGCAAAUUUAUCCCAUCACUAACAAAUUCCAUGACUUAUGUACACUAUGUACCUAUUUUUAUUGUUUUUAGCUUCACGAAUCCGAUGAUGCCCUAAACGUUUGGAUGUACGACGCUCCGGAGAAAAGUUUAUAUCCACCGUAAGAUAAAUAUACUCAAAUUUUUAAAUUUUUGAUACAUUUCUCAAGCGACAAACAAACUUAAAAAGUAUGUUUAGUGCUUAAUCUGUAAAAUUAUGCUAAAAUGAAGAGAUUUUAGAUGGUACGCCAAAGAGAAAAUAAUGUCUGAAGUUCAGUAAGUUUUGCUUAUAUUGCUGUAUAAAUAUGGCGUCAAUUUUACAGCAUCAAUGAUAAUUGUAUUUAAAUUGACAAUAUUUAACUAUUAUUUUGUGUUUCUCAACCGCCAGAUACAUUUAAAAAGUUGCUAACUGUGUAAACUACAAAAUAAAGCUAAAAUAACAAUUGAAGACCACCAAUUACAAUGAACCAUUUCCCAGUCUAGUCGCGCGAAUCCCGUGUUGGAGGGACAAGAAAUAUGGCAGCACACAUUUAAAUUAAAUGUUUAAUGUAAAGAGGAGAUAUUUCAUUUUUGGUCGUCUAAAAUGUUGAUAUUUGAUAGUAGAUACUCGUUCUACUCUUUCACAUAUUUGACGCCAUAUAUUUUGUCUCUCCAAACGAUCCCAGAACGCACUGUGGUUUCGUUUGGGAAAAGGCUAAUUAAGACUACUACAUACAGUGAAAAGAAUGCCAUUAUUUUCAAUUCUCACACUGGUAACUGCAAGUUGACCACCAUCAGCUCCGCGAUAGUGCUGAGUGAACUCUACCCUCGGCAUCGCUUUCUUUUGUUUAGACACGAAGCGUUCCCACAUCUGUUGAAAAUGUUUGCGUUGGUUGGCGGUUUUAUGUAUGUUGGCUACCUUUACGGCAAGACGAACAAUGAGAAUAC